UAAAUAGAAUAAAGCAAUCUUCUCAGGUGUGCUCAGAAGAUUGCUGCCAUAUUGAUGUGAUUCCUGCUGAGUGUGUGUGAUGAUGAAGUGAUUAUAUGUAUCUGCACAGCGUGACCACCUGGAACGCAGCCAAGAUUAGUGAGUAAAUUUUGUAAUUGUGGAAGUCUCGCGAGAGCCCAUAGGGAGUAACGGUACUUCAUCAUGGCAGGCAAGUUGGUUUUAGAGGGGAAAAUAAGUAUUAUAAGCUUGCUUUUAGGACUGGGUGUUGUUAUAAUUCCCCUUAUUAGAACAUUCGCUGGACAUCUUGACUGGGUAUUCGACUAUCUCACUGGAGUGAGGGGGAAAAUAGCUAUUGCUGUGUACAUCGCUGUUAUCAAUGGCUUCUUGCUUAUCAUAUACAAGGGACCUCUAUAUAAGGUUGCUGUGCGAGCCUGCUUCCUUGGCUUUACUUUUGGGUGUGGCUUGAUCAUAAGCUUUUCCCAAACCACAUGGACACACUUUGGCUGGUACAUGUGCUCCUUGUCUUUCUUCCACUACUCCGAGUACCUGGUGACAGCCAUCAUUAACCCCCGCAGCCUGUCUCUGGACUCAUUCCUCCUCAACCACAGUGUGGAGUACACCGUGGCUGCUGUGUCCUCAUGGGUGGAGUUCACCAUAGAGAAGCUCACUGUCCCAGAGCUGAAGCAGCUGAGCUGGCUCAGCCUGGUGGGCCUGGUGAUGGUGCUGUGUGGGGACUUCCUGCGUAAGUCUGCCAUGCUGACGGCCGGCUCCAACUUCAACCACAUCGUCCAGAACGAGAAGGCUCAGAGCCACGUGCUGGUCACGGAUGGGGUCUACGCCUUCUUCAGACACCCCUCCUACGUGGGAUGGUUCUACUGGAGCAUUGGCACACAGGUGAUGCUGUGCAACCCUGUCUGCAUCGCGGGCUAUACCAUGGCAAGCUGGCGCUUCUUCCGUGAACGGAUCGAGGAGGAGGAGCUUUCUCUCAUCCAUUUCUUUGCAGAGGACUACCUGGAGUACAAAAAGAAGGUGGGCACCGGCCUGCCGUUUAUUUCAGGCAUCCGCAUCAACAGCUCCUAGGUGUGAGAGAUGGAGUCCUGGAUGUAUGAAAAUGGCAGGCAGACAGACAGGCACUGUGAGGGGCAGCCCUGGUCAGCGUACUGUGGAUUAGCCCCUGUGGUUGCCCGCCCUGGGGUGCUUAGAGCUCACAGAGACUGACACCUAUGAGUGUUGUGAAGGGCUCCCAUCCCCAUACCACCCCCAAGGCCUGGGUAGACUCACUCAAAAAGAAACCACACCCCCCCCAUAUAUUCAACCACCUCUGUUCUCUCUUGUUUGGUUAAAUUGACUACUAUAGACAUGAGUUUGUAUUUUUCUUUAAUCUCCAAUGUUCUGAAGAAGGCUCCCUUUUCUGUUUUUUUCCUUAGAGAGGAGUUGAGUAUCUUAAGGCCAGGCACCACACCCUAAUAGGGUAUUUCCCCCCCCCCCCCUCCCCACUUAAUCAUAUUACAAUCAACUUUUACCAGUUGAAUGUGGACACAAUAUAAUAUUUUUGUCUUUUUCUGAAACAUUGUAUAAAAAUAUGCAAAUUAGGUUAUACCAUUAAAUAUUUGCAUAUAACACAAACCAAUUUUUCUGGACACUGGAUGAAGUAAAAAUCAACCUAAAUAUUUUUAUUUUGUUAAGACACUCUAGGACCGAACUUUCACAUAUCUGAUUGUGUCAUAAACAUAUCAACAAUUCCCUAUGUAUAAGUCUGGAGAAUACAUCUAAAGAUAACCACAGAAAAUAAGUUGGCGUUUGGGAAGAGUGUGAUUUUUCAGGAAAUGGCAGUAAGACGAGGACUGAAUUAAGACUACCAAACACCCAUUUACACCCAAUCACCAUAUCUUCAAAGUAACAUUCUCUAAGAAAUUGACUUUUAAGCGAUGUGUGAUUUCAAUGUAGUGAGCGUUCAAAUUAUGGAUGUAUGUCCAUUUAAAAGUGGUUACAGUUCAUGACAUUUUGAUGACGUUAGUAUGAUAAACUAACAAGAAUAUUUUUUAUAAACCUUUGGAUAUUUUUUACUUUUUGAAAAUCCAAAAAUUCAUUGAAAAAUAUCCCCCC